CGAGGCUGAGGCGCCCAGAUGGCCUGUGGGCGCCACCGUGUCCCUGGUUCCAGUCCCAGCGCGGCCGCUGAGGGUUAGGGCGAGUAGGAGGGGACGCGGCGAGUUCAGCACGAGAAGAUCCUGGGCACGGAAGCCCCUCGGAGUGCUGUCCCAGCCUCUUCCCUCAACUUCCUCCGGGUGCACGCGCCCGGGGACACCCGGGACUGCGGAGCUGGGGGGGCGUUCAAGUUGCGAGGAUCCGGGCUGCCCGCGGGAGGAGGAGCGGGGGCCCAGGAUGGGGUGCGUCAAGUCCAAGUUCCUCCGGGAGGGAGGCAAGGUCUCGAAAGCUGAGCAGAGUACCAGCCAGCAGAGCGCCGUGUACGUGCCGGACCCCACGUCCAGCCAGCGGGGGCUUAUCAGCAAAAACAACCCACCUGGGCCCUUGGAGGCAGGGUCCGAGGACACCAUCGUGAUCGCCCUGUAUGACUACGAGGCCAUUCACCACGAAGACCUUAGCUUCCGGAAGGGGGACCAGAUGGUGGUCCUAGAAGAGUCUGGGGAGUGGUGGAGGGCUCGAUCCCUGGCCACCCGGAAAGAGGGCUACAUCCCAAGCAACUAUGUCGCUCGCGUCAACUCUCUGGAGACAGAGGAGUGGUUCUUCAAGGGCAUCAGCCGCAAGGAUGCAGAGCGCCAUCUCCUGGCCCCUGGCAACGUGCUGGGCUCCUUCAUGAUACGGGACAGCGAGACCACCAAAGGGAGCUACUCGCUGUCUGUGCGAGACUACGACCCCCAGCACAGGGACACGGUGAAACAUUACAAGAUCCGGACUCUGGAUUGUGGGGGCUUCUACAUCUCCCCACGGAGCACCUUCAGCACACUGCAGGAGCUGGUGGCCCACUACAAGAAGAGCAACGAUGGACUCUGCCAGAAGUUGACAGUGCCUUGUGUGUCCUCCAAGCCCCAGAAGCCAUGGGAGAAAGAUGCCUGGGAGAUCCCCCGGGAAUCCCUCAAAUUGGAUAAGAAACUUGGAGCCGGGCAGUUUGGGGAAGUCUGGAUGGCCACCUACAACAAGCACACCAAGGUGGCAGUGAAGACAAUGAAGCCAGGGAGCAUGUCGGUGGAGGCCUUCCUGGCAGAGGCCAACAUUAUGAAGACUCUGCAGCACGACAAGUUGGUGAAGCUGCACGCGGUGGUCACGAAGGAGCCCAUCUAUAUCAUCACGGAGUUCAUGGCCAAAGGAAGCCUGCUGGACUUUCUGAAAAGUGAAGAAGGCAGCAAGCAGCCCUUGCCAAAACUCAUUGACUUCUCAGCUCAGAUCGCGGAGGGCAUGGCCUUCAUCGAGCACAGGAACUACAUUCACCGAGACCUUCGAGCCGCCAACAUCCUGGUCUCUGCGUCCCUGGUGUGUAAGAUUGCUGACUUCGGGCUGGCACGGAUCAUCGAGGACGAGUACAUGGCUCGGGAAGGGGCCAAGUUCCCCAUCAAGUGGACAGCUCCUGAAGCCAUCAACUUUGGCUCCUUCACCAUCAAAUCAGACGUCUGGUCUUUUGGUAUCCUGCUGAUGGAGAUCAUCACCUAUGGCCGGAUCCCUUACCCAGGGAUGACCAACCCAGAGGUGAUCCGGGCGCUGGAGCGCGGAUACCGGAUGCCCCGCCCCGAGCACUGCCCCGAGGCGCUCUACAGCAUCAUGACGCGCUGCUGGAAGAACCGCCCCGAGGAGCGGCCCACCUUCGAGUACAUCCAGAGUGUGCUGGACGACUUCUACACAGCCACCGAGAGCCAGUACCAACAGCAGCCGUGAUUGGGCCGGGCCGGGGGCAGACAGGGCGCCUACGGGUGGCUCUCCAGCACCCUCGUACUCCCGGACGCCCACCCUCGCUCCAGCCACAGUUUUCUGAUCUAUCAGAUGGAUGGGUUGGACUGGACAAUCUCUUUUUGACUCUAGCAGUCCACAAUCUGCCAUUCCCAGGAGGCUCCAAGUUGGCAUUUUUAUUGCCUGAGACAGCUGGAUCCCUGUCACACCUAUGGUGUGAGGAUGGGUAACCUCAGACAUAAUGAAAUAAAUAUUUAAAUAAAAUGUAUAAUGCCGAUGGAUUUACCAACA